CUCCCCCAAAACGCGCACUCGUGUGCUUUCGCCUUCCAUUCUCCAAACCCUCGCGGGAGAUCGGAAUUCCCCACCCCGGAGCGCCGGAUCCACCACCGAUCGUCGGCGGCGGCGGCGGAGGAGGCUGCGACGGCGGAGGCGGAGAUGCUGGGCCCUCCUCGCCGCGGGCCGGCGUACAAGACGAAGCUGUGCGCGCUGUGGCAGCGCGGCAACUGCAACCGCGACACCUGCAGCUUCGCCCACGGCCACGGCGACAUCCGCCGCCCGCCGUCCUCCCGCGGCGCCUUCACGCACCACCCGGAAUUAGAAGGGAGAAGAGAUUAUAGAGCCGGUGAUUUCAGAGGCAGGAUUGAUAGGAGGUUUUCACCUCGGAGGAGGCAUUCCCCUGGAAGAGAGUCCAGGGGUCAUCGUCCCCUUUAUGAUAGAAGGCCAUCUUCUCGAGAAAGAGAUUCUAGCUAUUCACGAUCUCCUAGCAGGAAGAGUGAGAGGAGGCAUGAAAAGAAGACUGACGAUGGAGAAACCAACUCAUCUAGGAGUUUAAGUCUCUCUGAUAACAACGAUGAAAAGAAAAAGGACAAAUUCUCAAGUGGUGAUGAGAAAGAAGACCACGAAAAGCAGCUGAAACAAAUACGGCUGGAUAUGGAGGCUUUGCGUGACGAUAAAACUCAGAUGGAGGUCAUUUUGGAUGAGAAGAUAGAUGAAGUGCGCAAGAUCUCUAGCAAAGUUAAUGAUCUUGAGGUGCAGCUUAGAAGGGAGAAAGAUGAAUGCCAUAGGAUGACCUCAAAGAUGAAGAAGUUUAUUAAAGCUCAUGCUCGGUUUUUGAAGGCACAAGAAGAAGUGAAAAGGUCACAAGCUCGUUUCGAGAGGCUUGGUGAUUUGCUUGCUUCAGAUAUUUUGAAGCGUGGUGCUAAUGAAGAGGGGUCCAGUGUCAAUGAAGACCUAAACGAAAGGAGUCCUAAUACUGCAGCAACUAAAAAGAGAUCAAUCCCAUACUCAACAAGUGAAGAAGCGAAAGCUGUGAAGAAGAGAAGAGAGCGAGACUCUGAUACAAUGACUAGGUCAGAUAAAUAUAGGUCAGAUGUUACAGAUUUUGAUAAAACAAGUAAGGGGACUGAGGCAACCAAGUCUUUAUAUUUGAAGAAGAAAUUAUGGGAAGAUGAAAAAAGUAAGCUAGGAGCCAACAUUUUCACAGAAAAGGUCAAAGGUUCUCCCGUCAGACAUGUUUUGCCCUCCACUGGCAUGGCUGCUCAUGCUAUUGAUGAUCUCAACGAAGCUAUUGAACUGGAGGACAGACAUGAAUCCAUAGACGCAUUACUAGAAAAUGAUGCUGAUGACAAAACUAGAUCACCUGCUAUUCCCCUGCAGCCACCACCAGUGGUACAGAAUGCUUAUGAGCAGUAUGAGGGUGAUGACGAGGAAGUCGAUGUGGAAUAAGUGGAUGGCCUCGUUUCUAGACAAGAGGCCUCUGAUGAAGCAAUGGCGAGAUUAGCAUCUUCCCCAGCUCCUUAUAAUUAGUACUAUUAGCAUCUUGGUGUACAAAGUGCUAUCUAUUUGACAUUGGGAAUUCAGCUUAUAUUUAUCAAGAAUCCUUUUGUAGUAACAUCCUUGGCGCUGAGACAGCCUUAGUCAACUAUGUGGAGCAGCCGUAUAAAUACUCCAUAGAGUGUCUGGUUUGGCUAAGCUAAUGACGUAUGGUAUGUGCGCUCCUUCUGCCCUGGGGAUUGCGACGCCAGAUGUGUCUACCUUCUUUAUCGCUGCAUUCAGUUAAGAAGAAGAAAUGCCAAAGAUGAACAUUUCAUGGUCAUCUGGCUAGUCGA